GGCCGCUCGGCGACCGUCAGGCUGUGAUCGGGAGUAAAUCAGCGGUCGAUCGGCGGUCCCCAGUCGUUCUUUUCAGACUGUGACAGAAACACUCUUCGACACUUUGAAACAGAGUGAAGAAGAAGAGGAGUUCAAUGACGAAGCCCUGACCUCAGAUGAGUUUUAGAACUUCUCUGAGAACUUUUUACAUUUCUUUGAUUUUACGGAGAUGGCUCUUCAAAGGCCCGGCCCGGCGCGCUGUCCUGACUUUUCAUAGCCUCUCCUCGCCAUCACAAUGUUUUCCUGUGGACAGUCUCUCAUUGGACAGAAGAUGAUGAUCUUCUAAGCCAACCAGUCAUUCUCCAUCCCAACAUGGCAGACGACCUCUACAGCAGCACCUUCUCUGCUUCUGAAUCUGACUUUUCCUCCUCCUCUUCCUCCUCCUCUUCCUCCUCAGCGACAGCCUCCUUCCUCACGCUCGAGCAGAGGGCGGCCUUCGUCUUCGUGCUCAUCCUCUUCAUCUUCCUGGGCCUGCUAAUCGUCCGCUGUUUCCGGAUCCUCCUGGACCCAUACCGGAGCAUGCCGUCCUCCACCUGGACGGACUACAUGGAGAAGGACACUUUUGACUACAGGAUUUCCUGACAGGCAGCCUGAGAGGCAGCAACCCUGACAACCAACAAGUUAAACUGAGGCGACAAUCACACUGAGAAAGUAAAGCAGAAACAUAAGCGCACAUUUCCCCUCUAGUUGUCACUGUGGUGUUGUACAGGAGAGUGACCAGACUAGCAGACAACAGGAUGGAAAAUUAGUGCCAAGUAAACCCCACUUAAUUUGCAAGGACUGAUUCCAAACUUCAGACUCUACUUCAGCACCAAUGACUUGUGACGUUACUGGACUGGCAUUUUGGCUGGGAAUUCAGCCAGGACAUUAUUAAAGUCUCACCAUUUUCAACCCCAUGUUGGAGGUUCUUUGUAACAUUAAAUAUUAGAUUUUAACUCAUAGCCUCAGCUAAAACUGUGUGGGUGUGGUUUGAUUUGAGUGACACCAACUCACCCACUGUCAUUCAGAUCAUUAAACCAUUGCCAAUUGGCGUCAGUAAAGUUAUCCUGACGCUCCAAAUCACAGAAUGACUUGUUAGGACUCAAAACAAAGUUUUAGACUUUCCAGAUUUUAAUAGCAAAGACUUUCAGUGACUCUGUCCCACAUCUGCCCGUCACCUGCUAAACCUGCAUUUUGGAAAAGCAAAGCCCUGCUGGUCAACGUGGCUGCUAGGUUUGUUAAGCAAAGUAAAAUUGACUCCUGUUACAGCCACACAUUGUCAGCCAUGAUUUAAAUCAAAUUUAUUACAAUUAUUAUAUAUAUAUAUAUAAUAUAAUAUUACCGUAAGGGGAAA